CAAACAUCUUGGCUAGUUUUUCAAUUCUCUUUUCCUUAAUUUCCAUUCUUAGAAAAUUAGUUAUUGCAGGUUGGCUCAGUAGAAUUAAAGGGGCUAAAACAUUGAUAUCUUCUCUCAAUAUUUUUAAUUUUUCAAUUUUCCAUUGGACAUCAGACUCUGCUAAUAUCUCAGGAUAUUGCCUCAAAGUUGUCUUGCUCAUGCCCUGACUGACACAGAAAAAAUAAUUUUCGCCCACUCUGUAUGUUGGUAUUGUUGAAAAUUUCUUGAAUUUCAUAAACAUUUCCGUUGCUUCAUAUAUUCGAAGUCCGAACAGUGCUUGCAACUUCCGUAUAGUAUCUUGUUUACAGAUUUUGUAAUGGUGGUCUGUUUUGAUAUACACAGGUGGCUGAACUACCACUUUCGGAACCGGGUUCCUGAUAGCAUUCGAUAACAUACGAGUAUGUCUGGUACAUUUUGAAACGUCGAAUACUCUGGCAGUACCUAUGAAAUUGAUAAUUUUUGGAAAGUUCUUCAAGAUCAUUUGAAACUGGUUCGAAAUUGGAAUAAUAUUACAUUUGGUUAGGUUAAGUAUCUUUUCUUCUUAUUCGUUCUCAACUCGAAGAUUCCAGUAGAAAAUUAAUGUUUAAUAUGUAAAUGUGUAAUAACAAGGUCUGGUAAUAGUGGUAAUAACGAACAAGUAAGAAGAAGAAUAGAUUUGGUUAGGGUUCUUAAGAAUAUUUUUGGAAAACUUUCAACUUUAGAAUUUAGAUUCUUGAGAAUAUUCCGAGGAUAUUGAGGAUGUCAACAGUUAUUAUGCAUAACAACUUCAAAAAACUAACUAGUAUAAUCAAUAAACAGAAUAAACCUAAAAUAUUAUCGCGAAAAAUUAGCGAUUCUGUAGAAUACUGUGCAAGUUCCGUCAAAAAAAAUGAUUACGAGAAUUAUAUCUGCACUCUCUUGCUCAAAAAUACUGCCAGGUCAUGUGCUUUUGCAGUGAGAAGUUUCAAUGUAGAAGUUGCCAGAGUUGCUGAACAAGUAUCACAAGCAAACACAGGUCAAAUGAGGCUAAAAUUCUGGGAAGAAACUAUUGACAAAUGCCUCAAGGGCAAUACAGUACCUAAUCAUCCAGUAGCAAUAGAAAUAUACAAAGCAAAUAUUAGGAAGAAAUUAUCAAAGAGAUACUUCAUCAACUUGAUUUCAUCAAGACUGAACAGUCUUAAGCUGACUAGCUUCAACACUUUGGAUGAAAUGGAAAAAUAUGCUGAACAGAGUACUUCAAAUGUAUUAUAUCUAGUUUUGGAAGGAUCUGGUGUUCAAAAUAUUGAAGCUGAUCAUGCAGCUUCUCACCUAGGUAAAGCACAAGGCAUAAUUCAGCAGUUGAGGAGUAUACCUCAUGCAAAACAUUUAAAUUUUAUCUCAAUCCCUCAAGAGAUUCUAGUAAAGAAUAAAGUAAGCCAAGAAGAAGUCAUAAGAGGAAAAACCAGUGAACGUCUGUCAGAAUGUACUUUUGAAAUUGCCAGUAGGGCUCAUCAGCAUUUAGUAAAAGCCAGAAGUCUUUCAGAAAAAGUGCCAAAAGAAGGAAAAUCUGCUUUGUUACCUGCUGUACCAGUUUCCAUUUACUUAGAUAGGUUGCAACAAGUGGAUUAUGAUGUUUUUCAUCCUAGUUUGAAACAUAGAUCUUGGAAAUUUUUACCACAAGUUUGGAUUAGUGAUUUCAGAAAUAAAUAUUAG